AUGACAGAAGCUGAAAAGGAACAAGGCUUACAGCCUGGUUCCGAAAGAGACGCACCUUCAGAUGAUAACACGCUGAUGGGCCGCGAUGAGGAGGAGCUCACACGCACAAAGUCAACCGUCUCGGUCGCAGAGACAUUUUCACUGCCGCGUGAAAUCCUCUUCGUGUCGAUUAUAUGUAUGGCCCAGUUCAUGACACAAGCUGCGCUAGGAAAUUGCCUCAACAUUAUUCACAUCAUUGGCGAUUCAUUUAACCUCACCAAUCCCGCCGAGCUAAGCUGGUUGAUCGCCGGAUUCAGUCUCACCGUCGGAACUUUUAUUCUAUUUUCUGGACGUCUUGGUGAUCUCUUUGGCUACAAGCGCCUUUUUCUCAUUGGUUUUGUCUGGUUUGCCGUUUGGUCUAUGAUCUGUGGUCUAGCAAGCUACUCCAAUCAUGUCCUUUUCAUCUUCGCCAGAGUGUUCCAAGGAAUUGGACCAGCUCUCGUCAUGCCUAACGGACUCGCUAUUCUGGGUGCCUCCUACAAGCCUGGCUUGAGAAAAGCUGUUGCUUUUGCCCUUUUUGGAGCCUGUGCACCGGGUGGUUGUGUUUUCGGCGCUCUGUUUGCUGGACUCUUUGUCCACGGCGACCCAAGUUGGUGGCCCUGGACUUACUACUCAUUCGCCCUUGGUCUUCUUUUUAUCGCCGUCCUUGCAUAUUUCAUCAUUCCGGACCCACCCGCCAAGUUAUCAUCUGCCGAUCGAACAUGGAGAGAGCUUCUUAGCCAGCUUGAUCUCCUUGGCGCCUUUACUGGCAUCACUGCUCUCGUUCUCUUCAACUUCGCCUGGAACCAAGCCCCGAUUGACGGCUGGGACAAGCCCUGGGUUUAUGUACUCCUCAUCAUCGGAGUUCUCCUGGUCCCUGUCUUCUUUUACAUCGAACUCCGUGUCGCAUCGUAUCCUCUCAUUCCCUUCGACGCCUUGACGAGCGACGUGGCGUAUAUCCUAGGUUGCAUUGUGUGCGGUUGGGCAACUUUUGGUAUCUGGGUGUAUUACACCUGGCAGUUCUUCCAGCUUGUGCGAGGAGCGUCCCCCCUGCUCACCACCGCGUGGAUGAGCCCUGUGGCGAUUUCUGGUGCCUGCGCUGCUCUGACAACUGCAUGGCUGUUGCAUGUGGCGCAUCCUGCCCUUGUCAUGCUGCUCGCUCUCGGAGCCUUCACAACUGGCACUAUUCUGAUGAUGACUGCUCCCGCUGAGCAAUCUUACUGGUACCAGUCUUUCUUCGGCUUAGUGAUCAUGACCUUUGGCAUGGAUAUGUCCUUCCCUGCCGCGACGCUGAUUCUCUCCAACUCGGUCAAGCGGGAGCAUCAGGGCAUUGCAGCAAGUCUAGUCAGCACAAUCGUCAACUACAGUAUCAGUCUAGGCCUCGGAUUUGCUGCUACGGUGGAGGUUAACACCAGCCCAGGCGGAGAGUCAAAGCACGAUCUACUGGUUGGGUACCGCUCAGCGUUCUACAUGGGUGUUGGCUUUGCCGGGCUGGGACUGGCUAUCAGCGUCGUUUACUUCGUUAAGAGUAUGUGGUUUAAGAAGAAGACACCACAAUAA